AUGAGAGCGAAAUGCCAGUACAGCGAAACUGACGUUAGACAGUUCCUCCUUAGAGGCAUUCCAACAUGUAGCCCAUUAUCCGACCUUUCCUUUCACUCUGCCUCUUUUUCUGGGUUGGGACUUGCGAUUGAUUCGCCGAGCGGGAGUGACAUGACUUUUGCUAUCUAUGAUGGUUCGGGAGUCAUUGAAGCAAGCAGUAGUCAUAGUGCUGGUGAGCUGGAGUCAAGUAAUCCGAACGUUGCAGUCUUUUUGGGAAGCAUAGUUUUGGUUGUCUUACUGGCCGUAAUGCUUGCUUCCAGGAUUGAAUAG